UUUUGUGCACACUGCACAUUCUGCGCACCUCCACCCUAUAUCGCUAUUGCGGUUGAUAAGGAAUGUCAAACAAUGAAUAAACAAUUCGUAGACUUGAUUUACUAAAUGUGUACGAUAGUGCCUGGUUAUUGGAGACAUUCUGUGAAGCAUCCCCUUGUAACAGCAACCCUCGUGUUGCCGUAGAAACAAAUAUAUUGGAGGCUGCAGACUCGACAUUGACAGAUGCAGUGUGCAUGCUUGUGUAGCCAACAGUGCAACAUCCUUGGUUUCUAUUGUUUCUAGCACCCUCGUUAAAAUGAGCGAAUAUUUUUCCCUUUCAGAUUGUGAUGUCAUUGGUUUUGAUUUGGACCACACUCUCUGUCGCUACCAUUUGAAGGAGACCUCUAGGUUGAUCUAUGAGAGCUUUACCAGGUAUCUGGUAGAGCAUAAAGACUAUGACAAGGACCUUCUUAUAUUGACCCCUGCUUCCUGGGAUUUCUGUUUCAAAGGCUUAGUGGUAGACCUUGAGGAUGGAAACUUGGUUAAAUUGGCUGAAGAUGGAACUGUUUUACGAGCAACCCAUGGGACCAAUAACCUCAGCACAGAAGAGCUCAUUAAACAUUACGGUUCUAAAAGGGAAUGGAAGCACUUUGAUAGCCUUAAUACCUCAUUUACGAAAUCUACAAAGUACUAUUUUUAUGACAACUAUUUUGAUCUACCUGGGGCUCUUCUCUGUGGAAGGGUUGUGGAUAUGUUGCGUAAGCGUGGGAAUGAGGUGAAUUCAGACUUUUGGAAAGACAUUGUUGCUGCCAUUGACCACAAUUACAACACAUCUGCGUUUAAAGAGGAUGCAGGAUGGUACUUCCCCAGUGUAAAGAGGGACCCUGGCCGUUACCUGCAGCCCUGCUCAGAGUCCGUCAAGACCUGGCUGAGGAGCAUGAAGAGUGCUGGGAAGGUCCUCCUGCUGAUCACCAGCUCCCACAGCGACUAUUGCAGGCUCAUCUGUGACCACAUCCUGGGGAAGGACUGGGAGGAGCUGUUUGACAUCAUCAUCACCAACGCCUUGAAGCCUGGGUUCUUCUCCCUGGUGCCCCAACAGAGGCCCUUCAGGACCCUGGUGAAUGAUGUGGAGGAAAGUGAAGGGCUGCCGUCCCUGGACAAGGCUGGCUGGUACUCUCAAGGGAACUGGCCCCACCUCCACGAGCUGCUCAAAACCAUGACUGGGAAACCUGAGCCUAAGGUGGUGUACUUUGGGGAUAGCAUGCGGUCGGACAUGUUCCCUGCUAGCACGUUUGGGAAGUGGGAGACGGUGAUGAUCGUGGAGGAAAUGGAGGGAGAGGGCAUCCUGAAGUGUGAUGCAGCGAAGACCAACGAGGCCCAAGCGGAGCCUCAGGAGAAGAAGGGAAAGUUUGAGGACCAGGGCAUGAAGUCGCCCUCUGCUCCAUCAAAACAGUGGGGAUCCUAUUUUGUGGACGCGCACAAGAGUGGUGAAGGGGACGAGGAGAGCCAGAAACUCACCUGGUGCUGCCAUAGCAUCCACAAAUACAGCACCAUGGCCAUCCCCAGUGUGGAGUCUAUUGCAGAUCUCCCUCUGGACUACAAGUUCCCCAGGUUCUCUCCCAACAAACCCUGCACAACCGGCUACUACCCCAGACCCCCAGAUUCUCUGCUGAAAAAGUUCCAGAGUCAGUCGUCUUAAAGAGUCCUCCUCCCAGGGUCGCCCCUCACCCUCCUCAGCCUAAAGGGGAGGAAUGUGCCUCCAUCUCGCCUGUAGUUCCACACCUGAACCACAUCAUCUAUCCCUAGAGCACAGGAAAUCACGCUCACAUUGAUAGAAACCAUGUGAAUGUAAAAGCACAGUAUUUCUCUGUAAGUAACCUGGCUACAUUUGAACGUUGUUCUGUACGUGGAUUAUUGUACAUAUGUGUGAAAAAUGUGACUUGCCAAUUGUAUGUGUGUGGGUGUGUCAGCAUACAUUGCUGAUUUAAAGCAUAUUAUUCAUAUUGUUUUAUGUGAAGACCACUAUUUUGUAAUGUAGCUAGAUAGGUAAUUGAUGUUCCAGUUAAACCCCCCCAUCAUUCAAUAUAAGUUGAUAACUCUUCAGAGUACUAAAACACUUUUCACACCCUGUAAAUACUGUCCUACAUUUUAGUUUUUUGGUGUGUUUCCUUACCUAAAACACCUGAUCUGAGCUGAAGUGCAACGUUGCAGUCACAGCAGUGUUGUCUGUUCUCUCCAGAGAGAAAUUCCUAAUAAUUCAUUAUGUCCAGUAUCCUUGGUAUUAUGUGUGGAUAAUACAUAAUAAACAGCCAUUUUGGUUUUCUGUUUCACUGUAUGCAUUUCAGUGACUGUAACUUAAAAUGUCCUUGAAGGUAAAGCAUUUCCCCUGUAUUGAUUUUGUGGAAAGUGUUUAAGAGCAUUGUUCUUGAAGAAAUUCCGUCCUUAGUGUUACCUUUUUUGUUGAGAGACUAGAGAAUAAUAAAACCAAACUCAUUGAAAACGGUAAUAUUGGAUGCUUAAAGACUAAGCUCUGUGUACUCUGUUAUUUUGGUGCAACAGUAAACUAUAGUGCUGUUGAAGUGACUACUGUGUAAAAAUGUGUAAUGCUUCAUAUGCAGUACCAAUUUGAAGAUAUGCUUUAACUGGCUUCUGAAUGGUUACAUGUGUUGGUUUACUGCAUAUAGACUAGUUGUACUAUAUUGAUAAGAAACAAGUCUUAAUAUGCUUGUAAGAGUAUUUUUACAGUAAGUACUGUAGUAGUUGAUAAGAGAGGACAGCAGACCUUAAUUGGUCAGCCAAAGUGGAUUUUUAUUUCUGUUAUAAAUGUGUGUUGGUGUUAAAUGCAUUGCAGCUUCAGUGAUUGUAUUCCAUUUACUUUUUUUUCAUCUGAUUUUGAAACUUUUAUAUGGCCAUUUGCCUUAUGUUCAAUUCAUUAGUGGUCUUGUGUUCUAGAGAAGAUGCAGGGAUAGUGUUCAAUGUACUGUCUGUGAAAUAAAUAAAAAAGUUAUAAAAUUU